GAGUUAUCUCAGUUGUGGCAGAUUUCAUGAAGCUCUGAUCCAAGAUGUAUGUGACCCUAAAAAGAUGGAGUCUCCUGCCCUUUGCCACCAUCCUCCUGUCCAUCCAUCCCACACUAACUGCAGUGGUGAAUUCAAUGGCUGACUGUCCUGGGUUUCUUCUUGAUGAAAAAACACCAAAUGUCCCCGACGUCUUGGAGAACGGGACGAUCCUGGACCAGAACCGAUAUAAAGUCAUUUGCCAGAUCUUCAAUAACAAGGAUCAGUUUGUGACGCUCUACGACACCAGCAACAAGAUACCAGUGUUUUCUGCUUUCAAGUACAGAGGGACAGAUGGAAAAAAGAGCAAUAGACCACAUCGUUGGAUGAUGGAGCCAGAGCUCGAGCCGACGGCAAACCCCAUCAACAUGAGGAACGAUGCAAACCAAUACCAGGCCAGUAACUUUGAUUAUUGCUCCAGUGAAAAUAAGUAUAAUAGGGGCCAUUUAUUUCCAAUGAGUUAUGGAUAUGAUGCAAAUGAUAAAGACUCCACAUUCACUUUGACAAACAUUGUUCCACAAGUGAAGACUUUCAAUGGUGGCAGCUGGGCAAAAAUGGAAGAAUGUGUCAAAUGCAUCCUGAACGAAUACUGCAUCAACAAUAAUAAUCUCCCCGAAGGCUUUGUAGUUACCGGAGCCAAGCCCAGCAACAACAUGCAACUAAACAACAGGGUGAAUAUACCAUCCCUUCUCUGGUCAGCAUUCUGCUGUUACAAUCACAGAAUGGAGAAGUAUGUGGCGGCUGCAUACUGGGGCGACAAUGUUCAUGAAGAACUUAAUUCCAAAACACUUGAGCAAAAGACUUUGGCCGAACUUCAUGAACAUCUGGGAAUUGAGGUGUUUCCUGGAACACAGUGUCCUCUUCAUGAAACUGGCCUACAAGAGGAACAAAGUACAAGAAGUAGAAGAGGUAUUUCUGCUUCUUCUUCUCUUUACCAAUGUCUUCCCCAAACAUCUUCCCCUCCCACUACCACACCUAGCUUUCCCUCUUCCACCUUGAGCACCACUUUAUCUACAACUACAGACAAAACAACAACAGUCCCAACAACCACAACAACAACCACCACCACAAUGACAAAGAAAAAGGAAAAGGAAAAUAAAGAUAAUCCUGCUUUACGUGCUUUAGGAGGUGCUUUAGUAGGUGCUUUAGUAGGUGCUAUAGGAAGUGCUUUAGGUGCUUUAGGAGGUGCUUUAGGUGCUUUAGGAGGUGCUUUAGGAGGUGCUUUAGGAGGUGCUUUAGGAAGUGCUUUAGGUGCUUUAGGAGCUUUAGGAGGUGCUUUAGGAAGUGCUUUAGGUGCUUUAGUAGGUGCUUUAGUAAGUGCUUUAGUAGGUGCUAUAGGAAGUGCUUUAGGUGCUUUAGGAGGUGCUUUAGGUGCUUUAGGAAGUGCUUUAGGUGCUUUAGGAGCUUUGGGAGGUGCUUUAGGAAGUGCUUUAGGUGCUUUAGUAGGUGCUUUAGGGGGUGCUUUAGGAGGUGCUUUAGGGGGUGCUUUAGGAAGUGCUUUAGGUGCUUUAGGAGCUUUAGGAGGUGCUUUAGGAAGUGCUUUAGGAGCUUUAGUAGGUACUUUAGGAAGUGCUUUAGGAGCUUUAGUAGGUGCUUUAGGAAGUGCUUUAGGAGCUUUAGGAGGUGCUUUUGGUGCUUUAGUAGGUGCUUUAGGAAGUGCUUUAGGAAGUGCUUUAGGUGCUUUAGGAAGUGCUUUUGAUGCUUUAGUAGGUGCUUUAGUAGGUGCUUUAGGAAGUGCUUUAGGAAUUGCUUUAGGAAGUGCUUUAGGAAGUGCUUUAGGAAGUGCUUUUGUUGCUUUAGGAAGUGCUCUAGGUGCUUUAGGAAGUGCUUUAGGUGCUUUAGGAAGUGCUUUAGUUGCUUUAGGUGUUUUAGGUGCUUUAGGUGCUUUAGGUGCUUUGGGAGGUGCUAUAGGUGCUUUAGGAAGUGCUUUAGGAGCUUUAGUAGGUGCUUUAGGAAGUGCUUUAGGAACUUUAGUAGGUGCUUUAGGAAGUGCUUUAGGAGCUUUAGGACGUGCUUUUGGUGCUUUAGUAGGUGCUUUAGGAAGUGCUUUAGGUGCUUUAGGAAGUGCUUUUGAUGCUUUAGUAGGUGCUUUAGUAGGUGCUUUAGGAAGUGCUUUCGGUGCUUUAGGUGCUUUAGGAGGUGCUUUAGG